AAUUGAAAGGAAAAAUCAAGCAAAAAAAAAAUGGAAAUAAACGAGCAAGACGACGCCAAUAAAAUGCUCGACACAGAAACAGCAACAACGACGAUCUCAACAAUAAAUUCAACCGAUAAUGACAGUUUAAAGACAUCUAAUGAUUUGACAAUAGAGAAAAAUUCUGAAGAGUUAAUCAGCAAUCAGGCUGACAGUAAUGUUGAUGCUGACAUAUUAGUCAAUAAAGUGCCAGUCGAUGAUGGGAAUAUAAAUCCAAUAAAGGCAGCUCCAAAUAAUGAUGGAAGUGAUAGCGGUGUGGAAAUAAUAUCGGUAACUAAUAAUGUUCUACAGCGUGCACUGUCAAGUAAUAGUGGAGGAUAUACAAGCAGUUGUGGUGGCCUUGAAGAUAAUAUUGGACCUGUGUCAUGUAAUUCAAGUAUGAUUAGUUAUUGUUCUGAUACGUGCGAUAAGACAAAUAAUACCGUGUUGCCAAAUGAUUGCUAUGCUAGUGAAGGUGGCAGUGAAUCAUCGUCAAUUACAGGCGAUCCAACAAUCAGAAAAUUAAGCUCAAGCGUAAAGAAGAAAAUUGGCAUGAAAGAUGGUGGUCAGAAUAAAUCUCCACGUCGAUCAAAUGAAUCAAAUUGUAGUAGUAAGUCAUCAAAGUCACGUCCGCCGUCAGUAAGUCGCUCACAGUCGUUAUCUAUUAAAUCUGGUCCACCUAAUUUAGCGACACGAGAAAGAGCUCGAUCGAGAGAUAAACCAAGAAUUGAACCCGUGCCACAACAAAAAAAUUUAAUGACUACGUCCUUGACACGUUCGAUGUCUCUUAAAAGACCACCGAAACCUGAUACAUUGAGUAUUACUAAAGAAACAAAUAGCUUAAGUCCGCGUGUAAAUUUAUCAAGAACUCCGUCUCUGACACGAAACAGAACACCACAGGCAACGCCAACAAAUCAUUGUGAUGAUGGAAGAUGGCCAUCGAUUGGACAUCGUAGUGCUAUAUCCACAUUGAGAGUUAAUAGAAUUAAUGGAAGUGCUGCAGGAACUCCAACAAAUUCAGAAGGUCUCAUUAUCAGAACUAGAAUUGGAAAUAUUCAGCUUGAUGGAAAGUCAUCGACUUUUGAUAAAUAUGCGACAUUGCCACGUCGUCGAAAGGAAAAAUCUGUCGAAAAUUUAACUCAAUCUGGAUCACGAAGCAGCUCAGUGACACGUAACGGAAAUGUAGAACAACUUCCAAAUCGAAUGACAAGUUCGGUUGUGCGAAAAUUACCAAUGUCAAAUUCACCACCAAAAACACUUCCUGCAUAUCCGAAAAUUGCUAAAAAACCCGUCGUAGUGAAAACAAAAAUUUAUCAUGAAAUAUCUGUGCAAACAGCAAUCACAAGUAAGGAUGUUGAGGAUGCAUUUUCGGGUAAUCCAAAUAAUCUUCCACGUAUCGAUGCCGUUGAAAUGAAAACCAAAGAAACUCAAUCAGACAUUCGUGAUAAGGAGAUGGAGAAGUUAAAGGAACAAAUUGAAAAACUUAAUGCCGAUCAUUCACAAUUACUGGGUAAAUUGAGUGAAAAAAGUCAAAUUGUUACUGAACUCGAGCAAGAGCUGCUCAAGGAGAAAGAAGAAAAAUUGACAGCACAGAAAGAUUUACAAAACAACACGGAACGUGUCAUGAAUAUGUUGGAAAACUUUCAAGCUGGUCCACGUGAGGUUGAGGGCGAUGGUGAUAGUUUGUUAAUGCUCGAAUCACAGCUUGUUAUAUCCGGCAGUGUGCUAGAGAAACAGCAAGAGGAAAUUAUAAAGCUUCAAGGAAUUUGUCGAAUGCUGCAGAGAGAUAUGGAGAAGUCGUUGAAAGUGCAGGAUAAUUUAAUAAAGCAGAGAAAUGAGCUUGAAGAGGAGUCGACGGAACUUCAAGAUUUCCUGCAAGCUGAAAAAAUUGCAUUUAUGGAUGCUUUGAAAGAAGCUGAAAAUGAAAAUAAAAUUAUGAAGGAUAAACUUUUACAAAAGGAAUCAGAAUUGGAACGACAGCAAGAAGAAUGUCGCCAUUUGGUUAGAAUAUGCGAGCAGAGGAGACAAGAAUAUCUUGGAAUGCAAGCCAAAUACAAUGCACUUGAAGGUCGCAGCAAAGAUAUAUUAAUGUCGCAAGGAUCUGCAGUGUCUGGUGCAAAUGUUGCUCUCGUUAGUUUGCAUAAUCGUAUAGAGCAUCUUGUGGAACAAUUGAUUUCAAGUUAUAGCAUUUCCGAGCAGGACUUGGAGGAUAUAGUUUUCUUCAAUGACGCCUACACCAACUCAUCAAGCAGUGGUGAUGGAAGUCCUGAUUUUGAAACAGCAAAAUCCUCAUCAGGCGAAAAAUCACCACAGCGCAAUCAAUCGUUCCUUGCGGCUGUCAUCAAUGCCAUAAAAAAUGCAACAACAAGCAAACAAAAUCAAAAUCAAUCGUCACAUAAUAAUAAUAAUAAAUGUCGGGAUGUUGAAGACGAUGACUCAACAGAAAUGCUCGAUUCUGAAACCGAACCAUGUUUAAUGAUGGAAAAUGUCCUCGAAGACGUACAGAUGCCUGACUCACAUUCACAUAAUCUCGUCUCAACAUCACAAAUAAUGUUGUCACAAGUUGAGAUUCCAUCGGAAGUAUUAAAAAGCUCCAUGCAUGACUAUCGAGAGUGUUCAUUCGAUAAUUUAUCGCAAGCCAUUGCUAAUCGUCAACAGAUUGAGAUGCAAACAAAUGCAAUGGCUUGUAGACGACAUAAUUCAGAGAGAAAUAGUACAUCGGAUGACAUAAGUCAGGAAUCUUGUGCUGAUGUUCAAUCGAUUGGAGAAUAUUGUACAGCACAAACUAUUGUCGAUCAAGUCAUUGAAGUUGACAAUUCCAUUACGAAAUUACUGAAAGUCCUUCGAAUAAUACAGAUGGAUAAUGAUAAUUGCAUUCAGGAGCUGGUUACUGACAAAAACAAGAUACAAGUCAGUAAAGAAGAGAGCAUCGAAAAGCUCACCGAAUGGGAGAUGAUUAAUCAGAAAUUAAAAGGAGAUUUAAAGGAUGCCACACAGCAGUUGAUUGUAAAGAGUAAUGAACUCGUAAAUUGCAAGACAGAAUUGCAGAGACAUCGCCAGGAGAUUGAUAGACUUAAUCAAGACAUUUGUAGUCUCAGCACGUUGUGCACGGAGAGAAAUGAGAAGAAAAUUGACAAGGAUGAGAUUCUUUCGAAAUUGAAAGUGUGGCAGCAGACUGGUAAUUUACCGGAAGAUGAGAUUGUUUCACAUGUUGUAUCCGCUUGUAAUGAGGUUCCAAUUCUGAAAGAAAAACUACGCGAAAAAGAACGUCAAUUGACUGAUAUUUCAAACAGUUCUGUGAUGAAUAACGGUUGGCAUCAAGCAAUUGCAGAAGCUAAACGUCAAUAUGAUGCCAUUGACGGAGCUCUUGAGACUCUUCACAGCAUCCAAAACAUCGUAAAAGACUGUCCAGAGUUGACGAAACUCCAACGCGAAUUAGAAGAGACAAACUUCAAUACAAUCAGCACAUUGCCAUUGGGUCAUUUGAGCUUAUCAAAUGGAAAUUUAGUUACAGCUGAUUUAAAUGCAAAUGAAUCUACACUUAAUGAUAGUGGAAAUGCACAAAUCAUUGACUCGGCUGCUUGAGAUUAAAUAAAUAAAAUUAUUAAUUUGUGAUGACUCAUGAUUGGCUAUGUGUAAAUGAUUAAUGAAGAAUAGAUUUUAAAGAAAAUUUAACGUAUUAUGAAAAAUUUCAAUACUUUGUCAUGUUCUUCAUAUAUUUAUUGUCAUUUUAAUAUGCAUGAAGGAAUUAG